CCGACGUAGUCCAAAGCUUUAGCAUGGCCUCAAAAGUGAUCAUGUACUGGCCUAGACAUUGGACCAGUCCGGAGACGAUCGACUUCCACGCUCUCAUUUGCACAGUCUGCCCCCAGUACCUCAGCCUUCGGGAAGUCAGCGACAUCAUUGACCAGCUGUCAGGCGAGCAAUGGCUGCAAGACAGGCAAAUCCUAUGGAGCGGUAUCCCAUUUGAAGAAGCACAGAUAGACGCGAAGAACCAUGAUAUGCAGACGCUGACAAUCGCCAUGGGUUCUUUAAUGGAUAAGGGGGAUCCAGCAUGUCUUAAGAGUCAGAAGUCUAUCAAAGAAUGGAGCAAUUAUGUUAAAGGCGCCUCUCUCAUCUUCUCUUGGCGUAUCAACACCUCUGGAAAAUUUACAACAUUGUUGGUGCCGCCUCUGCCGAGUCGCUUCAACCCAUCGAGGAGACCGAGUUUUCAAGAGAUUGAGGGACCAGUCAUCAAGGGCCUGCUUUCACCUCGGACUGUUGACAGAAUCAUGGUAGCACACCCAACGGUCAAGGAAGCCGGAGAUCUCACCUACCAAUACUGGCCAGUAGAUGAACAAGACAACUGGAUUGAACAAAACGGAACUGAGAAAGAAGCUGGGAGGAAAUGGAGAAAAGUAAAUGGGGCGAAAGGUAAGCUAUUGUACAGCUGCUUUAAUGGUCAAGAUGCGUAUUAA